AUGCAGGACCGUAGACCAGAGGUCCUCGUUGUCUCCAUCACAUUCUUCGUCCUCGCCUCUAUCUUUGUUGCUCUUCGCUUCGUCUCGCGAAUAUGGAUCGUCCGAAGGCUUGCUCUGCAUGACUAUCUGAUGCUCCUCGCCUGGCUCAUUGAUUUUGGCUUCUCCUUUGCUCUCUUUUACGCAACUGGGAAGGGUCUGGGACUCCAUGACGCUGAUAUCCCCGUUCAUGACCGAGCCAGUCUCAGUCGCGCUAAUUAUGCCUUUACCGUGCUCUACUCCUCCAUCCUGGUUUUCUACCUCACCCUCACUCAGGGCGAAAAGGUCUUUCGCUAUGCUAAUUAUGCAACCCUCGUGGUCGUCAAUGUUGCCGGCCUAGCCCUCACCUUUAUCAAUAUCUUUCAAUGCCGGCCUGUCGCUGCCGCCUUCGCGACUUCCGUCCCCGUUAAUGCGCAUUGUACCGAUAUUUUGACGCUAUACCUCUCCUCCUCUCCCGUCAAUAUUAUAACUGACCUCGCCAUCUUAUUCCUCCCCAAUCCCAUUCUCACUCGCAUGCGUCUCCCCCGUAAGCAGAAGAUUAUUUUGGUGGUUACCUUUAGCUUUGGUUUCUUCGUCGCUGUUGUGGACGUCAUUCGCAUUGCAUACCUGCAAGAUGCUGCUACGUCGCGGGAGAUUGCUCUCCGUCAGAUUCACCUCCAAAACUACGAGGGGAAUGAUUUUGCCUGGUAUGCGUCGCUGUCGUUCAUGUGGUCCGUGGUCGAGGUUAAUGUCUCCAUGAUGUGCGCCUGUGUCCCUAGUCUCAAACCCCUGGUUGCGAGGAUAUUGCCAAAAAUGAUACGGGAUACUGAUGGGAGCUCCCAAAAUACUCCCUCUGACCCGCCACAGCUGCCUUCCUUCCCCGCUCGUCCCGAGACUGCUGUGACUUCCAAUGACCUCCUGGACGUCACAUCGGCUCUUGAAGCUACACAGGCCGAUACCGAGGCCAAUACCACCACUCUCACCAGCACCUCUGAUCCGCGAAGUAUGACGUUCUUCGACUUCGUCAAUAUGAAGAAACCCGCGAAUAUGCUCAAAUUAAGCAACAAGGAGUCCAUCGCACCCAAUGCUAUCACCACAGUUCUCUUCUUCCUCUGGGGAUUCGCCUAUGGUUUAUUGGAUGUCCUUAACGAGCAGUUUCAGCAGAUUGUACGCCUCGACACCUGGCGCUCUAUCGGCUUACAUGCAGUCUACUUUGGAGGCUACCUGGUCGCUCCACCACUGGUCGGUCGCAUAGUGCUGAAACACUGGGGCUUCAAAGCUACCUUUAUCACAGGGUUAUGUGUCUACGCAUGCGGGUCGUUGAUCUUCUGGCCAUCUGCCGUGUUGACCUCCUACUCGGCUUUUUUGGUCUCGAAUUUUAUUGUUGGCUGUGGACUUGCGAUCCUCGAGACCGCCGCGAACCCGUUCAUCGCCCUUUGUGGACCGCUGGAGAACUCGGAGAUUCGAUUGAAUAUCUCCCAAGGCGUGCAGGCCGUGGGCACGGUGGUUUCUCCACUGCUCGCUAAGCGGGUCCUAUUCCGUCGAGUGACGGACGUAUCAUCCCUGGUGGAUGUGCAGUGGACCUACCUCGGCAUUGCCCUCUUUGAUGUGCUCCUCGCAGUGGUGUUCUAUUAUCUACCCAUUCCAGAAGCAUCCGACGAGGAUUUGGAGGAGCUGGCGAACCGCCGACGAGAAGAUAACCGGGCCAUGGUGUUGGGCAUUCCGGUCGUUUGGGUGACAUUGGCGUUAGGAAUAUACUCCCAGUUCUUCUAUGUAGCCGGUCAGGAAGUGUUUUCUUUGAGCUUUCCCUCCCUGAUUUCGGCCGGAUAUCCCCAAACCUCCCUCGACGAUUUCACCUAUUUCAGCAUCGCUCGCUCUGUUUUCGCCGUUGGUCGGUUCCUCGCCGCUUUUCUCCAAUGGUUCCUCAAACCCCGCUGGAUCCUUCUCCUCUCCUACAUUGGCAUGAUCGUGUUCUCCGCCCUCUGCAUGACGACCACGGGUCCCUCCGCCGUCGCAAUGGCCAUGAUGGUCUUCCUCUUCGAAAGUGGUGCCUUUAGCAUCAUCUUCGCCAUCUCCCUCCGCGGCACUGGCCGCCACACCAAAACCGCCGGCUCGCUCCUGACAAUGGCCAUCACCGGCGGCGCUUACUUCCCCUUCGCUCAGUACGCCGUCCAACGCGCCCGCAACAGCGUCCCAAUCUCCUUCAGCGUCCUCGUUGCCCUCUUUGCCGCAGGCGCUCUCUUCCCUAUAUACCUGAACCUUGUCCCCGCCGCAAAGAAACAAGUGGACCCCGUCCCAAACGAACACCUCCGACACCCCCGCCGCCGGCGCAGCAGCCGCCCCAAACCCACAGUGCUCCGACGCGAGAAGGCAAAUCCAUCCCAGGGCGGGGUGUUUUCGCGCCGCAGAAGCGUGCUCUUAGACCCGGACCCGCUCCCGACCGUGGACUUGGAUCUUUCCUCGCCAUACGAUUCCCAGCCGCAUUCCUGCUCAGAGAGUUCCCAGGAUCAGAUUGGUAUGUCAUUACCUGUUGUUCCGGAGGUACAGUUUCAACGACCGCAACCAUAG